CCCCUGCUCACCCGCCGGCCCUUCCUGGUGGCCUGGAACGUGCCCACCCAGGACUGCCAGCCCCGCUUCCAGGUGUCCCUCGACUUCAGCCUCUUCGACCUGCAGGCCACCCCCAAUGAGGGCUUCGUGGAGCAGAACCUCACCAUCUUCUACAAGGAGCGCCUGGGGCUCUACCCCUACUACAACAGCCAGCGUGUGGCUGUCAACGGCGGUGUCCCCCAAAACAGCAGCCUGUCCGAGCACCUCGCCCGCCUCCAGGAGGGCAUCAGCAAGUACAUCCGCUCACCUGCCAAGGAGGGGCUGGCUGUCAUCGACCGGGGGCGGCAGACCCUCCUGGUCCCAGGAACCUCCUGGUUCGAGGAGGCGAACAAGCAGGCUGUGUUUGAGUUCGAGUCGGCUGCCCGGCAGUUCAUGGUGAGCACCCUGCGUGUGGCCAAGAGCUUCCGACCCAAGCAGCUAUGGGGGUUCUACCUCUUCCCUGACUGCUACAACCAUGACUACAGCAAGAACAAGGAGAGCUACACCGGACAGUGCCCGGAUGUGGAGAAGACGCGCAAUGACCAGCUGGCAUGGCUCUGGAGGGAGAGCAUGGCCCUCUACCCCUCCAUCUACCUCGACGCGCUCCUGGCCUCCACCCCCAACAGCCGCAAGUUUGUGCUGGUGAUGGAGGCCAUGCGGAUCUCGCAGCAGCACCACGAUGGCUACUCCCUGCCUGUCUUUGUCUACACCAGGCCCACCUACAUCCGCAAGCUGGACGUGCUCAGCCAGCUGGACCUGAUCUCCACCAUUGGAGAGAGCGCGGCGCUGGGUGCAGCUGGAGCCAUUUUCUGGGGUGAUGCAGACUACACCAAAAACCGGGACUCGUGCCAGAUCAUCAAGAACUACCUGGAGAGUGAACUGGGCCGCUACAUCGUGAAUGUCACAACAGCAGCGCAGCUCUGCAGCACGGCGCUGUGCCAGGGUCGGGGCCGUUGCUUGCGCCAGGACAGCAACGCCGAUGUCUUCCUCCACCUCAAUUCCACCAAUUGCUACCAGGGCUGGCAGGGCAGCAGCUGCCAGGUGCCUGCUGGACCCCGCAGUGAUGCCCCUGACUCCUUCGCACCACUGGGACUUGGGGUGCUAUUGCUGCUUGCAAGCUGGUGCUAUCUCCUCUUGGACUGA